UCUAGGUAAAAGACUGUGUUUUUAGGUAGUGCGGAUCAGUGUAACUACUUAUUUGAGAGAAACAUGAAAUGUGGUUUAUUAAUUAGCCUACUCAAAAAUCGUAUCGUGAAUUUUCCGUGAAGCGUUUGUUUAGGUGAACGGACGGUUAAACUUACUUAUGAAUAACUUGUUGACCGCAGUCUCGCCUUGUCGUCUCUCUCUCUUCUAUUCCCGGGUGUGGAGUCCCGCACCAGCGGUUCCCUUUUUCCGCUCCUAAAUGAUAUUCGAAUGAGGCGUCAAGAAGUGUUUUGUUAAAAAAUGUAAUGUUAGAGGACAUUUUCCAAUGGUUCGGUAAAAGUAAACGUGUUUGGCGCGAUGGCUUUUAAUAUCUAAUCCGAAAAGACUUUCUUUUAUAUGAAAACCUCGAACCAGACGCACGAACUACCCAGAAGCGUGGGAGAAACUUGGAGACGAAUAAUGUCGUCUCACUCGGAUUCGAGAAGACAUCAACGGCAACUGAGCACUUAGGAGGAUGGUGGCCGUUUCCGUGUGAAAACUUCUCCAUUAACUUGGAUUUGAGAAAGUCAAGGAGAUGGCCUCGGAGGUCGUGUGUGGAUUGGUCUUCAGGCUACUCCUGCCAGUUUGUUUGGCAGCAGCAUGCCUGUUCAGGUACAAUGGGCUGUCCUUUGUCUACCUCAUCUACCUCCUUCUCAUUCCCCUCUUUGCGGAGCCCACCAGAGCCACCAUGCAGGGCCACACGGGGCGCCUGCUGAAGUCCCUCUGCUUCAUCAGUAUCUCCUUCCUCAUCGUCCACAUCAUCUACCAGAUCACCAUCCACAGCCUGCUGGCGGGAGAGGCCAUCGACGCCCAAUUCAACUGUUCCUCUUGGGAGAAGUCCAUGAGACAGAUAGGCUUUGAGAGUGUGAUUGGUGCAGACGGGGGGAAUGGCAUCCGAGUGUUCAUCCCGGACAUUGGCAUGUUCAUGGCGGGGCUGGGCACAUGGAUGCUAUGCCAGCGGAGUCUGAUGCAGAAGAGAGCAGCUGAAGGGAUGGCCCAGGACAACACUGAGUUUGAGCCAGAGGAGCUGGAUGAUGAGAAAGAUGCCGAGAAAGUGGACCUGGAUGACAACAUCCUGUUUGACGAGGACUUUGAUGCCGAAGACGAGGCUGAGGAUGAGGAAGACAUGCUGUUUGAGGAGGAGGAUGAAGAAGAAGAGGAAGAGGAGGUGGAGGAGAGCACAAAGAUGAAGAUCUUGCGUCAUGUUGCUGGCGUGGCAUCGAAAGUCAAAGAGGUCAUCGGCAACCUGAUCACCACUGCGGGGAAGGUGGUGGUCACCAUUCUAUUGGGUCUUACAGGCAUCAUGCUUCCGUCGGUGACAUCUCUGACGUACUUCCUGGUCUUCAUGGGUCUGUGCACGUGGUGGUCGCUGUGCCGGACCUUCGACACGCUGCUCUUCAGCUGCCUGUGCGUGCUCAUGGCCAUCUUCAGCGCCGGACACAUUGUUGUGCUCUACCUCUACCAAUUCCAGUUCAUCCAGGAGAGCUUCUCACAAAAUGACACCGUCAUCAGCGUGUUCGGCAUCUCUCCGGUCAUCCAGACCGACUGCACCUCCACCUGGAGGUUCGUGGUGAACCCCACGCUCGAGUGGCACCACUUCGUCAAUCCCAUCAUGAUCCUGGUGCUGUAUUACACGCUGGCCACACUCAUCCGCCUGUGGCUGCAGGAACCCCUGGAGGAGGAGGAGGAAGAGCCGGAGGAGAAUGAGGGGGAUGUAGCCGUGGGCAACAGCAGUGGCCAUACUGCUGGACACAAGAGGCAACAGUGGUGGAAGGCUCACCAGCGCACAGAUGAGAGAAAUCUACUCUCCACGCAAGAUGGCACCUUUGAGGCAAUUGUCGUCUCUUCAAAUGGGACAUCUUUUGACUAUGUCUCAACCCGGAAUACUGGAAAUGGGCCUGUCGGAAUGGACGUCUACUCCACCCCUCAGUACAAAGUGGACCAAACCAACGAGAUAUCAGAGAAAAAAGACAGUGGCGUAUACGAAGUGACAGACAUCACAGAGGAGGAGAAGCCAAUGGACGAGGUGGACGGGGAGGAGGAGGAGGAGGAGGAGGGUGAGGAGGAGGAGGCUCAGGAGGAGAAAGGGCCAAACGCUGUGGUGAAGGUGUUCCGGUUCGUCAUGAAGCAGAGCUACAUCUGCGCCCUCAUCGCCAUGAUGGCGUGGAGCAUCACGUACGUGAGCUGGCUGACGUUCGUCCUGCUGCUGUGGUCGUGCAUGCUGUGGAUGGUGCGCGACCGCCGCCGCUACGCCAUGCUCAGCUCCCCCUUCAUGGUCGCCUACGGCAACCUCAUCCUGCUGCUGCAGUACAUCUGGAGCAUCGAGCGGGUGCCGGGCGUGCCAGGUCUCUUCCUGAAGUCGCGCGUCCCCUUCUCAGACCUGGGCUCCAAGAUGCUGUGCCUGCUGAGCUUCUGGCUGCUGCUGCAUCAGACACUGAUGGAGAGACAGGACAAGCUCAAUAAGGAGGCGGAGGCAGAGACGGAGACGGUCCUGUCUGACGUUAAAGUGGACACUCCUAAAAAGGAGGACGAGGAGAAGGAGGACGGCGAUGGCGAUGAGAAUGACCUCAUGCAGGUGCUGGGCAACAUGGUCAUGGGCCUGCUGGUCAAGUACUGGAUCUACAUCUGCGGGGGCAUGUUCUUCUUCGUCAGCUUCCAGGGCCGAAUCGUCAUGUACAAGAUCAUCUACAUGAUGAUGUUCCUCUUCUGUGUGGCCCUCUACCAGGUUCACUACGAGUGGUGGAGGAGGAUCCUGAAGUAUUUCUGGAUGUCUGUGGUGGUGUACACCAUGCUUGUGCUCAUUCUAGUCUACACCUACCAGUUUGAGAACUCGCCCAGAAUCUGGCACAACAUGACCGGCUGGAAGGAGGAGAAACUGAAGGAUCUCGGUCUGGAGCAGUUUGUGACGACAGAGCUGUUUGCGCGGAUCUUCAUCCCCACGUCCUUCCUGCUGGUCACUGUCCUGCACCUGCACUACUUCCAUGAGCGCUUCCUGCAGCUCACUGACCUCAAGGCCGUCGUCACCAAACAGGAGAGCAGCAUCUACAGCCAUGCCAAAGUCAGUAGCCGUGUCUAUCUAAUCAUGAAUAGCAUCAAGCAAAAAAUCCCCUCUCCUGAGAACAAGCUGGCGCACCCUGAGGGCAGCUUGGCAGACAUCACCAUGCUGAGCUCGUCACCUGACCCACUGCUGAAGGAGCAGAGUGAGAGCUCAGAGCGGGAGCCAGAGGAGGGGGGCGGCAGCGAGAAGUUGGUGCUGGUGGUAAAGGGCCUGGAGGGGCCCAAGUCCAGGCAAGCCUCCCUGAUGCUGUCCAGCCAGGAGGAGAGUGUCCACAGCGUCCGCAGCACUGCCUCAGAGCCAGAGCCCCCAUCCGACCAGAGCUCAGACCUGAAGAACAAGUGGCAUUUGGUGGUGGACCGGCUGACUGUCCUCUUCCUGAAGUUUCUGGAAUAUUUCCACAAGCUCCAGCUCUUCAUCUGGUGGCUCCUGGAGAUCCACAUCAUCAAGAUCGUCUCCUCCUACAUCAUACUGGUGUCGGUCAAAGAGGUGUCCUUGUUUAAUUAUGUGUUCCUGGUGUCCUGGGUAUUCGCUAUGCCCUAUGGUCAGUUCCGCCCCCUCGCCUCCAGCGUUUGCACCAUCUGGACCUGCGUCAUCAUCAUCUGCAAGAUGUUGUACCAACUGGAAUCCAUUGAGCCUGUUACAUACUCCAGUAACUGCUCCAUGCCUGACGGCUACCAAAAACACCAGGCGGACGAGCUGAAGGAGUCCCUGCUGUAUAAAGAUCUUGUUGAUCCCUCCAACUGGGUGGGUCUGAAGAAGUUCGAUAAGUUGCUGGAGAAUCUCAGGAACAACUUGUUGAUGCUGGCUAUCCUAGCCUUUGAGGUGACCAUCUACCGACACCAGGAGUACUACCGCCUGCAUAACGGCCUCAGCCCACCCCCUUCCAGAACAAUCUUCCAUGACAUCACACGGCAGCACCUUGACAUGGGCAUUGUCAACUGUGCCAAAUACUUCAUCAACUACUUCUUCUACAAGUUUGGGCUUGAGGUGUGCUUCCUGCUUGUGGUCAAUGUUAUUGGACAGAGGAUGGACUUCUAUGCCAUGCUCCAUGCUUUUGGCCUGAUCGCAGUCAUGUACCGGCGGCGGAGGAAAGCCAUCGCCGAGAUCUGGCCCAAAUACUGCUGCUUCCUGGCCUGCCUGCUCACCCUCCAGUACUUUGUGUGCAUUGGGAUACCACCAGCAGCCUGCAAAGACUACCCCUGGAGGUUUCCAAACUCUACCACAGACUCAAAUGUGAUCAAAUGGCUCUAUCUGCCUGACUUUCACACUAAACCCAACCCCUCGUUUCUCACCUAUGACUUCAUGCUGCUGUUGUGUGCAUCGCUGCAGAGGCAGGUAUUUGACGAUGAGAACAAGGCGGCCGUGCGUCUCAUGGCUGGAGAUAACGUGGAGAUCUGCCGAGAUCUGGAUGCCGCCUCCUUCAGUGUCUACAACCCAGUGCCAGACUUCAUUCACUGCAGGUCAUACCUGGACAUGUUGAAGGUGAUCAUGUUCAGCUACCUGUUCUGGUUCGUCCUCACCAUCAUCUUCAUCACAGGCACCACGCGUAUCAGUGUCUUCUGCAUGGGCUACCUGGUGGCCUGCUUCUACUUCCUGCUCUUUGGCGGAGACCUGCUGCUCAAGCCUAUCAAGAAGAUCCUCCACUACUGGGACUUCCUCAUCGCCUACAACAUAUUUGUCAUCACCAUGAAGAACAUACUGUCUAUCCUUGCGUGUGGCUACAUCAAAGACCUGAUGGUGAACCAGUGCUGGCUGAUCCAGUUGUUUAGUCUCGCCUGCACCAUUAAAGAGUACAAAGUCUACGAUGAAAUCAAAGCUAUGAAAGAUGAGACGUGUGAAUUGCCAAGCGACGAAGCAGGUAUCAUCUGGGACAGCAUCUGUUUCGCCUUCCUGUUGCUCCAGAGGCGUGUCUUCAUGAGCUACUACUUCCUGCAUGUGGUAGCUGACAUCAGGGCCGCACAGAUCCUCGCAUCCAGAGGGGCUGAGCUGUUCCAGGCCACCAUUGUAAAGGCAGUCAAGGCUCGGCUGGAGGAGGAGAACAAGUCCAUGGAGCAGCUGAAGAGACAGAUGGACCGGAUUAAGACCCGGCAGCAGAAGUUCAAGAAGGGCAAGGAGAAGAUCCUCUCCAUGACCCAGGAGUCCAGCGACGGCCAGAACCUCAUCCCACCUGAGGAAGAGGAUGAUGAUGAUGGAGCAGAGAAAAAGAAGGCCAAAAAAAAGCAGUGGUGGAGGCCUUGGGUUGACCAUGCUUCCAGUAGGUUGACCAAUCAUCUGUCUUCUCUGCUCUUAUUGGUCCUUGUGUCCUUGACCAGAACUCAGGGGAUUCCCACACUGCCCUGGGCUCCAACAGACACUCUGAAGCUAAUCAAACCACCCAAAAAGUCAGCCUUCCAGCGCGCGGUUGGAAAGUUUGCCUCAGCAGUUUUGGCUUUGCCAAAGUCUAUCAUUAAGCUACCAAAACUUAUACUGCAUCAUAUUGUCAGGGUAGCAAAGUUUGUUUACCACACCUGGAUCACAGACUCCAAAACCGCCCUGAAGGAGAGGAGCAAAGAGAAGCGACGAUUCUGGAAGAAAUAUGCUAGAGGAAGACACAAGAAGAGCAAGAAAGAGGGUCAUGUGACCAUCGAGGUGGGAGACUCGGAGCAGUCCGAGAACGAGGAGGAGGGGAAGAAGUCUCCAGACAACAUCAUUAAGCGUGUCUUCAACAUCAUCAAGUUCACGUGGGUGCUCCUGCUGACCACCAUCGACAGUCUGACCAUGUGGAUGAACUCCAUGUGCAGAGAGUACAUUGACAUUUCCACAGUGCUCCGCAUUGAGCGCUGCAUGCUCACCAGAGAGGUCAAAAAGGGUAACGUCCCAUCGCGGGAGAGCAUUCAGGUGUACUACCAGAAGCAGAUGUCUUUGGCCAUCUCCCGUGAGUCAGGUCUCGACCGCAUCAGCGAGGAGGACUCCAUGUCUGGGUCCCAUCGGGUCAGACGGAGACGGGCCGGUUACAGGGAUUACAGCCAGGAUUCCAGAGACUCCAUUGCGUCACGAGACAGCAUGUCCAGCGCCUACACUGAGGCCACCAUGCUCUUUUCCCGUCAAUCCACUCUGGAUGACCUGGACGAAAUGCCAGAGAACAUUCCAAAAACCAGUGAGCGUGCCCGGCCAAAGCUUCGCAAAAUGUACGGCCUGGACAUGUCCAACUCCUCUGCGGACAGCGGGAGCAGCAUUAUAUCCAGUGAGCCCACUCAGUGUGUUACCCUGUUCUCACGACAAGGCACCAACGACACCAUUGAGGAGGUGGAGGGUGAGAAGGACCAGGCUGAGGAGGAGGAGCAGGAGGUGCAGCAGGAGCAGGAGCAAGAGCAGGCGGAACCUGUGGAGCAGGUGGAGCCUGUGGAGCAGCCAGAGGAGGAGCUUGAGGGAGAUGCCAGCAGCCUCUGGCCUGCAGGAGGUGACGAGGAGUUGGACGUGGAAAGGGAGGAGGAGGCGCAGGAGGCCCAUCGGGAGGGAGCUGAGGCAGGGGAGACGAGGCGGCCAUCGGGCACGGAGGAGGAGGACAACAACGAAGAAGUGAGAGAGCACGCAGCCGGACACGACGAAGGCGAGUCCUCUGGGCUCGAGUACCUGCACACAGACGGAAGAGAGGGCCAGCUGUUCACGCCGGACACAGACGCCCCCAACACCUCGGACGCAGACGUGCCGCCCAGCUACAGCAAGGCGGUGAGCUUCGACCGGCUCUCCGUCAGCACGGACGGCAGCGGUGAUGACAGAAGGAUGAUGAUCAUGACCCCAGACAGCCGCUCCGACCUGGACGACUCGCUGCUGCCCUCCAUGACCACUGAGCUGACGGCCAGCGAGCUCCUGCUCAACAAGAUGUUUUACGAUGAUGAGCUGGAGAACUCCGAGCGUUUCUACAAAGGCCAGCCCCAGCUGCUGCAGCUCUGCUAUGCCCUGUACAACAUGCUGGUGGCCCACUCGGAGAUGGUCUGCUACCUGGUCAUCAUCCUCAACCACAUGAUCUCGGCCUACGCGGCCACUCUGGUGCUGCCCAUCCUCAUCUUCCUCUGGGCCAUGCUGUCUGUGCCACGGCCCAGCAAGCGUUUCUGGAUGACCGCCAUCGUCUACACAGAGGCCACCAUUAUAAUCAAAUACUUCUUCCAGUUUGGCUUCUUCCCUUUCAACCAACAACUCGCUAUGCAUAAGAACAGGCCCUUCCAUCCUCCAAACAUCAUUGGCACGGAGAAGAAAGAAGGUUAUGUGCACUACGACCUGGUCCAGCUUCUUGCACUGUUCUUCCACCGCUCUAUUCUGAAGUGUCAUGGACUGUGGGACGACGACGACCCCAGACCAUCUCCACAGAAGGACACUACCUUUCAUCGGGACGAGUCCGAGGAUGAGGAGAAGGCUGUGUCCAUACACUCCUCGCAGGACCGGAAGGGCUCUGUCCCCUCUAUGAGAUCCAUCAACUUCGGGACAUCCAUCGACUCGGUGCAGAUGCAGGUGCAGGUGCGCACAGCGGAGCAGCGCACCUACCAGCGGAGGCGGAGGAGCUCCGGCGGCACCUCGCACCUCUCCAGACACUCCUCCCUGCGCUCCAAGAGAGGUAGCACCAGCACACGCAACAGCAGCAAGAAGGAUGGGAGCGAGGCUGAGGUCCACCAGAAAACCCGCAAGGAGAUGAUCAUCGAGAAGAUCCGGGAACAGCUCAUCAAAGCCAGGGUGUUCAUCAUAAAGAGAGCUUUGGAGAUCUACCUCCCCAUUCGCCAGUUCUUUUACGACCUGGUCCACCCUGAUUACAGUGCCGUGACCGACGUCUAUGUGAUGAUGUUCCUGGCCGACACGGUGGACUUCAUCAUCAUUGUCUUCGGCUUCACAGCUUUUGGAAAACACACUGGUGGCGCUGACAUUGCCUCAUCGCUGUCGGAGGAUCAGGUCCCAGGUGCUUUCUUGGUCAUGGUCCUGAUCCAGUUUGGCACCAUGGUGGUGGACCGGGCCCUCUACCUCAAGAAGACUGUGGUGGGCAAAGUGAUAUUCCAGGUGAUCCUGGUGUUCGGGAUCCAUUUCUGGAUGUUCUUCAUCCUUCCUGGAGUAACGGAGAGGCGUUUCGGUGACAAUAGGGUGGCCCAGAUUUGGUACUUUGUGAAGUGCAUUUACUUUGGCCUGUCAGCCUAUCAGAUCCGCUGUGGAUAUCCUACACGAGUGCUAGGCAACUUCCUCACCAAGAGCUACAACUAUGUGAACCUCUUCCUCUUCCAAGGAUUCCGGUUGAUUCCGUUCCUGACGGAGCUGCGUGCAGUCAUGGACUGGGUAUGGACAGACACCACCCUCAGCUUGUCCAGCUGGAUAUGUGUGGAGGACAUCUAUGCCCACAUAUUUGUGCUCAAGUGCUGGAGAGAGUCGGAGAAGCGUUACCCUCAGCCACGGGGCCAGAAGAAGAAGAAGGUGGUGAAGUACGGGAUGGGGGGCAUGAUCGUCAUGCUGCUCAUCUGCAUCGUCUGGUUCCCACUGCUCUUCAUGUCCCUGGUCAAGUCUGUGGCCGGCGUGGUCAACCGACCCCUGGAUGUGUCCCUCAAGCUCCAGCUGGGAGGAUUUGAGCAUAUAUUCACCAUGAGUGCCCAGCAGAAUCAUCUGAGGGAGAUAUCUGAGGAUGAGUUUAACACCUUUCUGAAGAUAUAUGGGUCCGAUACAGAUGUUAUGCCGUUUCUAGAGUCCUACACGUUUGAGGACUUGACCAUAGCUGAGCUGGAGGGCAGCUCUAACUCCCUGUGGACUAUCAGCCCUCCCAGCAGAAAGACCCUCAUCCAGGUCUUGGGGAAGACUGAAGAUGAGUUUACCAUCACCAUAGACUGGUCUGUGCAAAGGGACCUUGAGUUAGGGGCCAAGGCUGAGGUAUCCAGUGGGAAAUAUGUGACAAACCUGGACAAUAAGACCAGGAUAGAGCUGGUCCAGCUGCUGAAUGGCACACGCAAGGACUCAGUGAUACUCCCACAUAUUUUCCCACAAUAUAUGAGAGCUCCAAGUGAUUCAAGUGCCAAACCUAUCGUGCAGUUUUAUAAGGAUGAAAAAUACAUGAACAUCACACUGAAUCUGGGCAGGCCUGAAUCAACAUCAAUCAACACCAAAUCAGCAAAUGAAACGGAAGUGAUCCAAGAGUGGUGGAUCGUCAACCAGACAAGGGCGGGUGAGCUCAAGUCCACCUUCAUGAAGCCGAAUAAAUCAGGACUGGAGCUGUAUGUCUUUAGUGACAAGGUUAGCCCACCUAGCUUGGGCUUUCUGGCUGGAUAUGGGAUCAUGGGCUUGUAUGCCUCUGUGGUGCUCGUCAUUGGGAAGUUUGUGCGCGAGUUCUUCAGCGGCAUCCACCACACGAUUAUGUUCGAGGAGCUGCCCAACGUGGACCGCAUCCUCAAGUUGUGCACUGACAUCUUCCUGGUGCGUGAGACUGGCGAGCUGGACCUGGAGGAGGACCUCUACGCCAAGCUCAUCUUCCUCUACCGCUCCCCAGAGACCAUGAUCAAGUGGACCAGGGAGAAGACCCAAUGAGGGUCUGAUAGUGCAACAAGGCUCAGCGCAGGGGCCAGUUGUUUUUUUAUAAACAAUGAUAAGAGAAAGCACAGAAACAAGCACAAGGUGGAGGAGCAAGUAUUGACAUUGAUGUUCAUAAAUGCAUGUCAGUGUAUGAUUGUGGGGUAGAAGUGGGUGUUAGGGUACAGAUUCCUCCUUGGUUUGUGCCACAAAACAAGUUGAUGUGUUUACAGUGCACAGCAUUACCCCAGCAUGGUAGAUCAUCUCUUCCAGCUGCUGGGCUUUGAAGGGCUUUCUCCAGGAUCGGAAACAGACUGCAGUCUGCUCCCCCAUACCAUAGGUCCGUCGCACUGACCUGAUGUAUGCUUGUUGGACAUGCUUGGACCAUUUUAAGCUGGUGGCGCAUUAGCCCAAUAUGGAUAAAUACAGACGUACUUUUCCAAAGAAAUUUAUUUAUUCCCCCAUUUCUCCUGAAUCCUGGAAUAUGAACAGAACAUGCUGAAAGAAUGGCUAUGAGGGUAGCCUCCUCUAAAUAAUACAAUAUAUAAAAAAAAAAAAAAA